GAAAAACAAUUGUCCAAAAUAUUGCUGAUUUGUUAAUGCUCUCAUAAUAUAUCUUGUUGUGUGACAUCGUUCAAUACCGUCAUGUUUAUAAGAGUUUCUAUAUUGGCUCUCUUUGUUCUUAUGAGGCUGACCACUUUCUGCCAUGGAUAUUUGAUGAAAAUAAGUGAAAAAAACAGAAGCAGCGAGAGGGAAACCUCAUCAGAAAACAUGCCUGCAAAAUUACACGAAAGUUCAACUGAUAUUCAAAUAAGCAAACUUUCAACCACAUCACAAUUUCCUGGACAGUUCUUCCUGGAUACAACUCUAAGAAACAUUUCAGUGCCUUCACCUAGACCUACCCCUGAAAUCUGCAAGCUGUGUUCCUUUGCUCAACUAUUCUACAAAAAUACCUGCACUGAACGGACUGUAAAAACUUUUCCUAACAAAACAUUAAACAGACCAAUACAGCCCAGCUCAGAAGAAAUUUCCUAUCCAGAUGAUGUUUCCUACGAAUAAAAACGUUUCCGAGGUACUAGAAAGGA